UGAUUUGAAGGUGUUUUCUUUACUUAUCUAUAUUAGUUUUAAUUCGGUCGAUCGAGUCUUGUUAUUUCAUGCGUGGGAGUAAUGUUGCAUGGCGGAUCCAGUCGACAGUGAAAUGUAGACAUAACCAGCACGUACCCCUGUUUAGGUGAUAUUUUACCCGUAGCCCAUGAUUCGUCGCCCGCCGCUUUGUCAGAUAAAGUGUCGUUCAACAUUCGUUCGUUAACUUCAUGUUUCCUCUUAUUCCUCAGUUUCUUUUUGCCCUCCCUGUUUGUUUGACUUCUCUUAAAAGCUCUCAAAUUUCUCCUAACAUUCAAACAGUCAGUACCAUGGCCACUAAUCGUAUGUCUCACAAGUACAUAGUUCCAACAUCCAAUUGCAUGCCUCACGAGUCAUCCUCUGCCUCAAUCAACGAUCCCCUUGCACCCUACCAAAGCCCCAUGGGUUCGUCCCCGAACUUCAGGCACCAGUCCUCUGGCAACUUCCGUUAUACCUCGGCACUAAUCAAGGGAGAUAAUAGAGAAGAUGAACAAUGGGGAGUACAGAGUCAUUGGUCCGAUUGGGGAAGUGAGAAUUCGAGGGCAGGAGGCAAGAAAGAUGACCGACGUAGUGGAGGUUUGAGGAGAAUGUUUACCAAGUCUGGUAAAAAUGGGAAAGUUGAUCGCUCCAGGUGCUCAUCCGCCGACUUCCUCCUCAGUCAACCGAAAGAGCGUUCGUCUCCAGUUAAAGACAUCAAGUCACCGAUCCGUUCAAGCCGUCCAGCAACCGAAUUCUUUCCCAACUUUCUCAAAGUAUCCAGCUAUAGUCCAAGUCGGCAGCAUACCCGACUUGACGAUUCCCAUGGCGCUGGAUGUAGUCCCCGAAGCAUCGAAAGGAGUAUAUCAAAACACAAGAGAACUCCCUUGAAGACCAGUGAUGUUGUUCCUCUUCACUGGAAGAGCGCAGAUAGAGCUAGAAGUCCGUCAACAGGUAGAAAUAGCGAGUCAAGUACUUCGCCUUUAAUAGAUAGAACGGGCUCCCUGGUGCAACGUCUUCAAAAUCUUGACAACCUUCCGGACAGUCGGUAUCCUGGCCCAAAGGCAAAAGGCUCGUAUGGCACACCGACUCCUGACCGACCACGACCUUUCAGACGAGCAUCCCAGUCAAGCGAUCUUCUACCACGUCUUGACUGCCAGAGUCCUUGUGCUCAAAAAGGGGGCCCCCAGACUCGCGAAUCAGAGGAGGACGUUUUUUCUGCACUUGCUUCACAACAAGAACCAUCUCGUCGAAAGCGGUCAGCAACCCAGCCAACGCGUCGCAAUGACCUUCACGAACAACCUUCCCGGCAGCCUAGUCGAUCUUUAUCAAUCAAGCGCCCUUCAGAGGCCAAUAUCGCUCACUGGACGAAUUACCCAGCUUCAUCUUCGGCUCAGCAUCAUAGACAAGGUUCCAUGGACCGUGCGGAGGCCCUCGUAAUGCUUGAACGGAUGAAAUCGACGGGCAAACUCAGAAUCGCCAACCCGGAUCCUCCUGGCGUAUCCAAUUUAUCUAUGACCCGUCAGCUCUCACCAUCACCUACGAAACCCGUAAACGCUUGCAGCUUGUACGGCGGAUUGGCCUCUGAUUCUGAUGAUAGCCUGUCAGUCAACAAGACCCCACACUGUUUGCCAGACAAAUACUUUUCAAAAGAAAGCCAGGGCAACUUUCCGGCCAAAUCGUACACAACACCUAGCCGCAGUCAAGCGUACGCAUCGUUCCGGAAAGCUCAGUCAAGCCGCAAGACAAACACUCCCACAUCUAACCGACCUGAAAGAUCUCCCCAUUGUCCUCUCCUGGGAUCAGCCGCCGCAGGAAAGUCCCCGUUGCAUAAUGACGAACCCUUUGUUGAUAGUUUGGCAUAUCUCACGUCUCCUCAAUCUCCUUCUCAGUCCCUUGCUCGGAGCUCGACGGGCAACAUGUCUGUAUUCCACGGAUCGCAUAUUGGAUCGCCCUCACCCAAGAAUAAGCACGGGAAAGAGGAGGAGGAGUUGUUACUGGAUAGCGAUGCGGACAGCAAUGUCGACAGUGGUGACUAUAGGACAUUGUUCGGAAGUGUAAGGAGGCUUAGUGAGGGAAAUUCGUCAGUGACGGACAUGUAUCUGGAGAGCUUUUACAGCGAUGAUGUGAAUGGGCAGGAUACUAGGGAUGAGAGUCCCGAGCCGAGGAUUGUGGAAGACGGGCCUCUUCUCCCGAAAAGUCUGAGUUUGAGAAAGACGAGAAAGGUAGGAGAUCGAUUGGUAAAGGCAUGAAGCGCUAGGACAAUGGUUUCUUGGAACGGGAUGUGACAGUUGAGAUGUUGAAUUGGAUAGUAUACAUAAAUCCCUGUACUUUUUUUUACGAGUCAGUAGAUGUCGUUUGUUCUUGU